AUGACUUUGAUGCUAGCCCUCAGGAGACGGUCCUCUGCAAGCCGGCAGGCACCAGGACUGCUCUCUCGCCAACUCAGCACCAUGAGGGCGGUUGUGGUUGAUGGCGACAACGCCGUCCGCGUCGACUACCACCGCGAUGUCCCCCGACUCCAAGACGACCGCAUCCUCGUACGGCCUGUCGCUGUUGCGCUGAACCCCACUGACUGGAGGCAUGUGAGAGGGGGUCGGGCCAGAGACGGCUGUAUCUUGGGCUGUGACUAUGCAGGCGUCGUGGAGGCUGUGGGAAGUGCCGUCACCAAGCCAUGGCAGCCCGGCGACAGAGUCUUUGGGUGCGGCCACGGGGCCAACCUUGUGAAUCCAGACGAUGGAGUCUUUGCCCAAGUUGCCUCGCUCAUAGGUGACCUUCAGAUGAAGAUCCCUGACAGCUUGAGUUUCGAGGAGGCCGCUACCCUGGGGCUGGGCUCUAUAACCGUUGGCCAGGGGCUGUACCAGAAAGCCCUGAAGCUGCAGCUACCAUCAAGAGAUGGCAUGCUCGAGAAGAAGGACAUUGCCGUUCUCAUCUACGGUGGUGCGACUGCCACUGGAGCUCUCGCCAUCCAGUUUGCGAAGCAGUCUGGCUACACCGCCAUCACGACGUGCUCGCCUCGCAAUUUCGAUUAUGUCAGAAGCUUGGGUGCUGACGCUGUCAUCGACUACCAUGCCGCAGACGCCGGAAAUCAGAUCCGUAACCUCGCCAACAACCAGCUCGAAUUCGCAUGGGACACGAUCAGCGUUGCUCAGUCGGCCGCCAUCUGCGCGGAUGCCCUCACCACCUCACAACAGCGCCAACCCAUCUACGGCACGAUUCUUCCCACUAGGAGCCCCCGGGAAGAUGUCGAGACAGUAUCAACCGUCAUGUAUACGGCUUUUGGCAAGGACUUCAAGUUUGGCCCCGUCGAGAUGCCGGCAAGCGAGGACGACUUUCGAUUUGGCAAGCAGUUCUUCCAGCUGGUAGAGGACUUGGUAGCGCAAGUAAGCACGCCUUAUUUCUAUAUGAGCCCGAGUAUUUCAGCUAAGUUGGUCUUGCAGCGUCGCAUCCGACCCCAUCAUUUCCGUGUCAGAGACGGUGGCCUUGAAGGACUUAUCCAGGAUCUCGAGGAUCUUGAAAUGGGCAAGGUUCGAGCAGAAAAACUAGUCUAUGUGGUUAAUUAA